AUGUUCUCAUCUCCAGCUAAACUUACUGCAGGGACAAUUACAAGAUCUUUAACAUCUUUACCCUUAAGAAACUCUCUUAUGGGCUCUGUCUCCCAAAGAUUUAUGUCUACCAAGAAUAAUGACCCCAAAACUAAUGACAAUAAUCAAAACUUAACAUGGACAAAUUUCUUCCAAUUGAGAAAACAACAACGUCGGAUCAAUGUCGGAUCAUCCGCUUUCACUGCAUUCCUUGGGUGUAAUAUCUCAUGGGUGUAUCUUUCCACGAUGGAAAUAGAUCCUACUCAAAUGAUAUUUGGGUUUGAUCCAUUAGUGGUUAUUUCCGCAGGUUUAGUCGCAUCCGGUGCGUUAGGCUAUUUGUUUGGUCCAUUAUUUGGAUCUCAAUUGUUUAAAUUAACACAUAGAAAAUCCUUAAAUGAGUUCAAUUUGAAAAAUAAGGAAUUUUUAAAACAUAUCAUUGAAAAUAGAGUAGAUGCUUCUUCACAAAGUUUUAGUAAUCCUGUUCCAGACUAUUAUGGGGAGAGGGUCGGAUCUUUAAAGGAAUAUAGGCAAUGGUUAAGGGAUUGUCAUUCCUAUGCAAGAAAGGCCAAAGAGUUCCUUUGA